GAUGGCGGCUGAGGAGCCUCUGGGGACCCUCGAUCAUGAAGCAACUUGCCCUAUUUGCCUUGAAUUUUUCACAGAGCCCGUCACUCUAACCUGUGGGCACAACUUCUGCCAAAGCUGCAUUACCCAGUACUGGGAGAAGUCAGGGCCAAACUGCUCCUGCCCUCAGUGCAGACAAGCAGUGAGGCAGAGAACCCUCAGCCCAAACUGGCAGCUGACCAACGUGGUAGAAAUAGUCAAACAGCUGAAGGCACAGGCAGCCAAAGGAACAACAGGACAGAGGGUAUGUGAGCAACACCAGGAGGAUCUGAAACUCUUCUGUAAAGAGGAUCAAACACUUAUCUGUGUGGUUUGCCAUCUGUCCCGUGCCCACCGAACACACACCAUAGUUCCUGUAGAAGAGGCCACCCAGGAGUACCAGGAGAGGUUUCAGGCCCAUUUGAGGAUUUUGAGGGAAGAAAAGGAAAAGUUCCUGACAUAUAAACUGACUGGAGAGAAGAGAAUCCAGGAAUGUCUGAAACAAACUGAAGUGGAGAAGGAGAAGAUUGUGUCUGAAUUUCAACAAUUGCACCUGUUCCUAAAUGUACAAGAGCAACUCCUACUGACCUGGCUAGGAAAGUUGGUGGAGGAGAUGGAGAAGAUAAAGAAAGAGAAUGUCACCAAGCUAUCCAAGGAUAUUAAUCAUAUCGAUGAGCUGAUCCAUGAACUAGAGGGGAAGUACCAGCAGCCAGCAAAUGAAUUCCUGCAGGAUAUCAGGAGCAGCUUGAGCAGGUACAAGAAAGGGAUGUUCCAGCUUCCAGUGGAGAUUUAUCCUAAUCUAGAAAAGAGACUCACUAAUUUCUCCAAGAAAAAUGCUUUCCUAAUGAGGACUCUGAAGAAAUUCAAAGACACGAUGUCAUCUGAACUGAGGGGAGAAAUGGGGAAACCACAGGCACUGUAUACAAAAGCAAUUGUAACUUUGGAUCAAGACACAGCUCAUCCCAACCUUGUUUUGUCUCUGGAUCGGAAAAGUGUGAAGUGGGAAAACACAGUGCAGAGACUCCCUGACAAUCCUAAGAGAUUUGAUAAUAGGCCUUGUGUGCUGGGCUCUGAGCGAUUUACUUCAGGGAGACAUUACUGGGAGGUAGACGUUGGGGAGGGGAAAGACUGGGCCGUGGGAGUGGCCAGAGAGUCUGUGAGGAGGAAAGGACAGGUUACCCUUAAUCCUGAAGGGGGAAUCUGGGCUGUGGAGUGUGACUGGGAUCAGUUCCAUGCUCUCACCUUCCCUGAGGUGACCCUACUGCCUCUCAGCCAAGUCCCCAGGAAGAUCAGUGUCUUUCUGGACUAUGAAAGAGGUGGGGUGAGAUUUUAUCAUGCUGGUAGUGCAAACCCAAUCUUUAUCUUCCCACCGGCCUCUUUCAAUGGGGAGGGAAUCCAUCCCUGGUUCUGGGCUGUUUCCCAACUCAGCCUGAAUUCCUAAGACAUUAUGAUGUUGGGAGAGGGAACAGCCUACUGGAAAUGAAAGCACAAGCUUCCCUCACCUUGAAUGUCUCUGAUGCUUUGUUUUUGGAUAAAACCCUCCACCCCCAGGUCCCCCCGAUGUUUCACUUCCAUGCCAAAGACAUUGGUGCUCUUUCAUGUAUCAUACCACCUAUGUCCUUCCCCCAUCUCCUGCCCAAGCCUCCGGUUGCAGGACUUCUUGUUGCUGGUGGCCAACGAUGAACCAUGGGGCAAGGCACUCCUACUGGGAUAUGAACUGGUUUCUCCUGCAUGGUUUAUAGGCAUGGGCAUAUUGCUGACCCUGUUUUUGAUGACACCUGCCCCUCUUGUGGUGAGAGGGAGACCCCAGUGCCCAUCUCCCUGGACCAUACUUGACUACAGCCUCCAUAUCGGUUCCUUCAGAGCCUCCUGCUUAGGCUCUGGGUUCUCUUUUCUCAGCAGUAUCUCACCUGCUUGUUUCUCAUGCAUGGCCCCAUGGAGGUGUGAGACCCCCUACUUGCUCACCUAUUCCCGGCCCUGCACAAGUUGGCCACCUACAACCCCAGUGGGAAAAAGUUGGAUGGUGGUGGGAAGGGGAGUAGCUUUGUGACCACUGAAUGGAGUUCCCUUGAGCAGUAUUUGCUGGUACUUUGAAUGCCUUUGAGGAGCUCUGGACACUGCUGGUGUGAUAUAUCUAUAUCUAUAUAUAGAUAUCUAUACACACACACACACACA